UGGCACGGACGAGCGGCGCUCAGUUCUUUGAGGGUAGUUAGUUGGACAACGGCGUUGCCGAAAACGGGCCACCUCAGCUGCCGCACAACCAAUUUUUGGCCAUGUACAUAAAACAAAACCAAACCGGUUAAAAUCAAACACAAAAUGCAAUUAGCCGACUACAGAGGGCCACUAACAAGCACCGCAGAAGUCAACAAACUAACUAAAAAGUGCCAUCAACUAAAUUAGUGCAAGCAGCAAGCAGCAAACAGCAGGCAGCAGGCAGCCGAAGAAGACAGGUAGGAGAGGGCCAGACGGAAACGGAAAUGCCCAUUGAGCCGACAACGCCACCGCCUGACGACUGCAACAACAGCAAUAUAAGUAACGAUACAACACUGCCCCCCACACUCACACAUGUAGCUUCUCUGUGAGUCAGUGCAUUCGGUGUGUGUGUGUGUGUGCGUGCGCGCGUGUGAGUGAGCCAACAAAUUGUUGCGGCUAAUAGAACAGGAAGCGAAGGAGGAGGAGCAGCAGCAGCAGCAGCAGGAGGAGAAGCAAUUUUCAUACGCCCCCAGUUCGUCAGCGAAAAUCAUUCAAAAUUCAUCGUCUAAACAAAACGGAUGCAGCGCGCACAAGAGAAAGAAUUUAAAUCGCAAAUAGAAUCAAUCAAAACCGUGCAUAUCAACCGAGAGAAAACAGAAACCAGAGAACCAUAAUCAAAGUUCUUCGUUGCAUUUAACGGACACCAAGGAUAUAGAUACUUGUGUCUCUGCCUCAGCCCCUAGCACUCUCUGGCACGGCACUCUCUGGCACUCUCUCUCGCCGACUACCGAAUCGCCUGUGAGUGUGUGCGUGCUACGGGUCAUUGCAUGCCGCGGAUGAGCCGCGGAUUAUGUCACGUGACGAAUAUAAUCCAGUGAAUAGCUCUGGUGUGCGCAGUCCGGGUCGCGUGCGGCGGCUCCAGGAAUUGCCAACUGUCGAUCGGUCACCAUCACGGGAUUACGGCGCCCCACGCGGAAGUCCUCUAGCAAUGGGCAGUCCAUACUACCGCGACAUGGAUGAGCCAACCAGUCCCGCCGGAGCGGGCCACCAUCGCAGCCGGAGCGCCAGCAGACCACCGAUGGCCCAUGCCAUGGACUAUCCAAGAACCCGCUAUCAGUCGCUGGAUCGCGGGGGCCUCGUCGAUCCGCACGAUCGGGAGUUCAUACCUAUACGCGAGCCCCGCGAUCGUUCGCGGGACAGAUCGCUGGAGCGAGGCCUCUACCUAGAGGACGAGCUCUAUGGGCGGUCGGCACGCCAGAGUCCCAGUGCCAUGGGCGGCUACAAUACGGGCAUGGGGCCCACCUCGGACCGCGCCUAUCUGGGGGAUCUGCAGCACCAGAACACCGAUCUGCAGCGGGAGCUGGGCAACCUCAAACGGGAGCUGGAGCUCACCAACCAGAAGCUGGGCAGCUCGAUGCACAGCAUCAAGACGUUCUGGUCGCCGGAGCUGAAGAAGGAGCGGGCCCUGCGCAAGGAGGAGAGCGCCAAGUACAGUCUGAUCAACGAUCAGUUGAAGCUGCUCAGCACAGAGAAUCAGAAACAAGCUAUGUUGGUGCGCCAGCUGGAGGAGGAGCUUCGUCUAAGGAUGCGACAGCCCAACCUGGAGAUGCAGCAGCAAAUGGAGGCCAUCUAUGCGGAGAACGAUCAUCUGCAGCGAGAGAUCAGCAUCUUGCGGGAGACGAUCAAGGAUCUGGAGUGCCGGGUCGAGACCCAGAAGCAGACUCUGAUUGCCCGCGACGAGAGCAUCAAGAAGCUGCUGGAAAUGCUGCAGGCCAAGGGAAUGGGCAAAGAGGAGGAGCGCCAGAUGUUCCAGCAGAUGCAGGCCAUGGCCCAGAAGCAGAUGUACAAUAACUACACGGGCAUCAGCGGAUGCAGCCCCCCACUGCCAGACAUUAUCGGACAAUAUUACGGCCCGCCUGCGCACGCAUACGGCCCUGGCCCCGGCCCUGGAAACGGCUAUGGUAACGCGUACGAUCUGUACGGACCCUCCACAUCGUCGGGAGGAUAUUUAUAUGACCCGGGCGCAGCUGCUGCUGCAGCGGCCGCUGCCCAGAUCUACGGCCAGAGCCAGACCUCGCCCAUACGCCGGAGGCGCUACAGCAUCGCCGGACUGCCCUCGGCCACCAUGUAUAACGACGUAUACGGCUACCCGGCCCCGCCCCAGCACCAGACGAGCUCCUCGAACAUCGUUAACCUGCUGAACGAGGCCCACAAGUCGAUAUCGCGCUCCUCCCAGAUACUCAAUCUCACAAACCAGGCGCGCCAGUUGGGCCAACUGGUGACCACUCCCCUCGGGGUGGGCGGUGUCGGAGGCGGCCGGGUAGUUUCCAGCUACCCCACCCUGCACCCCGGCGAUACCUCGCCCCCGUAUCUCAACGACAAUCUGCUGCAAAUGUCCACGAGCUUCUCCUCCCAACCGAACAUGUAUUUCCAACCGCAGCCGCAGCAGGUGCCGCUCCCCACGCAGCUGACGGCCGCCCAGAGCGCCGCUGCAGCGGCUGCGCGCCUGAGGCCCGCGUAUUCCGUCACCAACCUGAUGUCGGGAUAUCCGGGCUCUGCCGGCCAGGGCAUGGGAAUGGGAAUGGGAAUGGGACUCGGGUUGGGGGGCUGCAAGUAUGGGAUGACGGGCUACGCGAAUCCCUAUCAGAGUGAGAUGCAGCCCUCCUCCGGCUACGGAGGACUUGGACUGGGCCUGGGACCGUUCCAGCAGCGGCAGCUCAUGUCACACUCCCUGCACGCCUCCAACCCCGCCAUCUCGCAGUACUAUCAGCAGCAGCACCAGCCGUCGGCCAGCUCCGCCGCGGCCCUGGCCUACAAUCUGCAGCAGCAGUUCGCCGGAAGCCAUCAUUACGGGAGCGGGGGACAGCCGCCGCUGGGACACUCGCACAUCCAGGCCUCGGUGCAGCAGCAGAUGCAUCCGCAGUACCAGUACCAUGUGCACCAGCACCAGAACCACCUUCAGACCCACCCCCUGGCGUCGCUAGCCAACACGAGUGGAACGUUCGGAGGGACUCUGGCCAGCAGUGCCAGGGACGCGGUCGGCGGCGCCGCCUACGAGGGACUGCAUCACUCGCAUCCGCAUCACUCGCAUUCGCAUCUGCAUCCGCACUCGCAUCACCAUCACUCGGCAUACCCGCACUCGCAUUCGCACCAUCAGCAGCAGCCGCAUCAUCACCACCAUCUGCCAUACUCAAAACUAGACUUAGAUUAUCCGAAACUGCCGCAAGAGCAUAAGCGACAAUUGGACGAAUUUCGUCUUGAAAUACAAAGAAGGGAUCAAGAGAUCCUGGCGAUGGCGGCCAAAAUGAAAACACUGGAGGAGCAGCAUCAGGACUAUCAGCGGCACAUAGCGGUGCUCAAGGAGUCGCUAUGUGCCAAAGAGGAGCACUACAACAUGCUGCAUUCGGAUGUGGAGGAGAUGCGGGCCCGCCUCGAGGAGAAGAACCGCCUGAUCGAGAAGAAGACCCAGGGCACCCUACAGACGGUGCAGGAGCGCAACCGUCUCACCAGCGAGCUGACCGAACUCAAGGAUCAUAUGGACAUCAAGGAUCGCAAGAUCAGUGUGCUGCAGCGCAAGAUCGAGAACCUGGAGGAUCUGCUCAAGGAGAAGGACAACCAGGUGGACAUGGCCCGGGCCCGCCUGUCGGCCAUGCAGGCCCAUCACAGCAGCUCCGAAGGUGCUCUGACCAGCCUCGAGGAAGCCAUCGGCGACAAGGAGAAGCAGAUGGCCCAGCUGCGCGAUCAGCGCGAUCGGGCCGAGCACGAGAAGCAAGAGGAGCGCGAUCUGCACGAGCGUGAGGUGGCUGACUACAAAAUCAAGUUGCGCGCCGCCGAGAGCGACGUUGAGAAGCUGCAGACCCGCCUGGAGCGGGCCGUCAACGAGCGCGAGAGGCUCGAGAUCAAGUUGGAGGCUUCCCAGAGCGAGCUGGGCAAGUCGAAGGCGGAGCUCGAGAAGGCCACCUGCGAGAUGGGACGAAGCAGCGCCGACUGGGAGUCCACCAAGCAACGGAUCGCCCGCCUCGAACUGGAGAACGAGCGGCUGAAACACGAUCUGGAGCGUUCCCAGCUGCAGCUAGAAGAACAGACCACACUACACAAAAAUGUACAAAAGUUAAUGUUCGAAACGGGGAAGAUAUCGACAUCAUUUGGCAGGACCACGAUGACCACGUCCCAGGAGCUGGACCGGGCCACGGAGCGGGCUGACAAGGCGGCCGCCGAGCUGCGACGCACCCAAGCAGAGCUGAGAGUCACACAGGGCGAAACUGAAAAACGUUUUUCGGAUGCGGAACGGGCACGUGAAGAGGGCGCCGCCCUGCAGGAGAAGCUGGAAAAGAGUCAGGGCGAGGUCUAUCGGCUGAAGGCGAAGCUGGAAAACGCGCAGGGCGAACAGGAGAGUCUGCGCCAGGAGCUGGAGAAGGCGCAGAGCGGCGUCUCGCGCAUCCAUGCCGAUCGCGACCGGGCCUUCUCCGAGGUUGAAAAGAUCAAGGAGGAGAUGGAGCGCACCCAGGCCACGCUGGGCAAGGCGCAGCUCCAGCAUGAGAAGCUGCAGAACUCGCUGGACAAGGCCCAGAACGAGGUCGACCACCUGCAGGACAAGCUGGACAAGGCGUGCACCGAGAACCGACGCCUGGUGCUCGAGAAGGAGAAGCUCACCUACGACUACGACAACCUCCAAUCGCAGCUGGACAAGGCUCUGGGACAGGCGGCGCGCAUGCAGAAGGAGCGCGAGACCCUCACCCUAGACACUGAUCGCAUCCGGGAGAAAUUGGAGAAGACUCAGAUGCAUCUGGCGCGCAUCCAGAAAGAGCGGGAUCAAUUCUCAGACGAGCUGGAAACGCUCAAGGAGCGCUCGGAGUCCUCGCAGACGCUUCUCAUGAAGGCGGCUCGCGAUCGGGAGGCGAUGCAAACGGAUCUGGAGGUGCUAAAGGAGCGCUACGAGAAGUCGCAUGCCAUACAGCAGAAACUCCAGAUGGAGCGGGACGAUGCCGUGACCGAGGUGGAGAUACUCAAGGAGAAGCUGGACAAGGCCCUAUACGCCAGCCAGAAGCUGAUCGACGAGAAGGACACCUCCAACAAGGAGUUCGAGAAGAUGCUGGAGAAGUACGAUCGCGCCCAGAACGAGAUCUACCGCCUCCAAUCUCGCUGCGACACCGCUGAGGCUGAUCGCGCCCGCCUGGAGGUAGAGGCGGAACGAUCGGGCCUGGCCGCCAGCAAGGCCCGCGAGGAUCUGCGCAAACUCCAAGACGAGAGCACGCGGCUCCAGGAGGCCUGCGAUCGGGCGGCCCUGCAGCUGAGCCGAGCCAAGGAGUGCGAGGACAAUGCCCGCAGCGAGCUGGAGCACCACCGAGAUCGCUUCGACAAAAUGCAGACGGACAUCCGCCGGGCCCAAGGCGAGAAGGAGCACUUCCAGUCGGAGCUGGAGCGCGUCACCUACGAGCUGGAGCGGGCGCAUGCCGCCCAGACCAAGGCGGGAGCCAGCGUGGAGGCUGCCAAGGAGGAGGCCGCCCACUACGCGGUCGAGCUGGAGAAGAUGCGCGACCGAUACGAGAAGAGCCAGGUGGAGCUGCGCAAGCUCCAGGACGUGGACACCUUUGGGCGGGAGACGCGCCGCCUCAAGGAGGAGAACGAGCGGCUGCGCGAGAAGCUGGACAAGACGCUCAUGGAGCUGGAGACGAUCCGCGGCAAGUCGCAGUACGAGUCGGAGUCGUUCGAGAAGUACAAGGACAAGUACGAGAAGAUCGAGAACGAGAUCCAGAACAUGGAGUCGAAGCUGCACGAGACCAGCCUGCAGCUGGAGCUCUCCAAGGGAGAGGUGGCCAAGCUGCUGGCCAAUCAGGACAAGCAGCGCUCGGAGCUGGAGCGGGCUCACAUCGAGCGCGAGAAGGCGCGGGACAAGCACGAGAAGCUGCUGAAGGAGGUCGAUCGUUUGCGCCUGCAACAGUCCUCGGUGAGCCCCGGCGAUCCGGUUCGCUCCUCCGCCUCCACCUCGGGGUUGUCGGCGGGCGAGCGGCAAGAGAUCGACCGGCUGCGCGAUCGCCUCGAGAAGGCGUUGCAGUCGCGCGAUGCCACCGAACUGGAGGCCGGUCGCCUGGCCAAGGAACUGGAGAAGGCGCAAAUGCAUCUGGCCAAGCAGCAGGAGAACACCGAGUCCACGCGCAUCGAGUUCGAGCGUAUGGGCGCGGAGCUGGGACGCCUCCACGACCGCCUCGAGAAGUCCGAGUCAGAGAAGGAGUCGCUGCGCCAGGCCAGCCGCAGCGCAGGCGCAGGGGCAGCCGGAGGUGCUGCCCAUCCCCAGCUGGAGAAGCACGUGCAGAAGCUGGAGACCGACAUCAAGCAACUGGCCAUGGAGCGGGAGCAGCUCGUCCUGCAGCUGGAAAAGAGCCAGGAGAUCCUCAUGAACUUCCAGAAGGAGCUGCAGAACGCCGAGGCGGAGCUGCAAAAGACGCGCGAGGAGAACCGGAAGCUGCGGAACGGCCAGCAGGUGCCAGCGGCAGCCCCCGCCGAAAUUCAGGCCAUGCAGAAGGAGAUCCAAGCGCUCCAGCAGAAGCUGCAGGAGUCGGAGCGAGCUCUGUCCGCGGCAGGACCUCAGCAGGCGGCGGCGGCAGCAGCGGCGGCGGGCGCCCGCCCCGAGGAGGUCGAGCAGUGGCGCAAGGUCAUCGAGCAGGAGAAGGGACGCGCCGACAUGGCCGACAAGGCCGCCCAGGAAAUGCACAAGCGCAUCCAGUUAAUGGACCAACACAUCAAGGAUCAGCACGCCCAGAUGCAGAAGAUGCAGCAGCAGAUGCAGCAACAGGCGGCACAGCAGCAGCAGUCAGCGGCAGGUGCCGCAGCCGGAGCCGGUGCCGAUGCCAAGGAGCUGGAGAAGGUCCGAGCCGAGCUGCAAGCCGCCUGCACCGAGAGGGAUCGCUUCCAACAGCAGCUAGAACUGUUGGUCCAGGAACUCGAAAAGAGUCAGCUCUCGAAUCAGGAGCAGGCCAAGCAAUUGCAGACCGCCCAACAGCAAGUGCAGCAGUUGCAGCAACAGAUCCAGACGCUGCAACAGCAGAUGCAGCAGCUGCAGCAGGCUGGCAGUGCGGGAGCUGCCGCCACGGAUGUGCAGCGCCAGCAGCAGGAGCAGCAGCAGAAGCAGCUGGAGGAGGUGCGCAGGCAGAUCGACAACCAGGCCAAGGCCACCGAGGGCGAGCGGAAGAUCAUCGACGAGCAGCGCAAGCAGAUCGAGGCCAAGCGCAAGGACAUCGAGGACAAGGAGAAGAAGAUGUCCGACUUCGAUGUGCAGCUCCGCAAGCGCAAGGAGCAGAUGGACCAGCUGGAGAAAUCCCUUCAGACUCAGGGAGGCGGCGCGGCGGCGGCGGGCGAGCUCAACAAGAAGCUCAUGGACACGCAACGGCAACUGGAAGCGUGCGUGAAGGAGCUGCAGAACACAAAGGAGGAGCACAAGAAAGCGGCAACCGAAACGGAGCGUUUGCUGCAAUUGGUACAAAUGUCGCAGGAGGAGCAAAAUGCCAAGGAGAAGACCAUCAUGGAUUUGCAACAAGCCUUAAAGAUCGCUCAAGCCAAAGUCAAACAAGCACAAACGCAACAACAGCAGCAGCAGGAUGCUGGACCAGCUGGCUUCUUGAAGAGCUUUUUCUAAACAGUGCCCGCAAGCGAGAAAAACAAGCCCCACACACCCACAGCUACAUAUGCAGAUGCAGAUAUUUACCUAAUACGAUAAAGAUGAAAAAAGAAUAUACCAAAAGCACUGUCUACUAUUUUGUAUACUACCGAUGCCAGAUACUUAUACCAACUACAUACAUAUAUAUGCAGUAUUUCUACAACUCUCACACACCAACACAUUUGUAAAUGACACUAUGUAAAUGCGAAAUGAAAAUGCAAAAUGCAGAGUGCAGAAUGCAAAUUAUUUGAUAUUUAUGUGUAUUGUGUAAAAUUAGGUUGCCGCUAUACUCAAAUUAUGGAUGCAUUUAAAUGUCAGCUCGUAAAGCUUAAUUUCUCUCGAACUUUCUUAACUCUCUUUCUCUCACUAACUCUCUCUGUAUCUCUAUCUCUCUCUCUCGAUCCUUUUUCGAACACAACUUAAUGUUUACCGUUAGUCAACCGAUCACAAUCUUGUCUCCCUUCCCCUCUCUGUCUAUAAAACCCGAACCAGAGCUUUCUGUCCAACACUUUCUCUCUGUCGCUCGCUGUCGAGUUUAUCGUAAAAGCUCAGGAACGUGACUACGCUACCACUCAAGAAGCCCCCAAUGUCCCCACGCAUCAGCCAUUGCAUCCAAACUGCGCGAAUGUGAUUUACAAAAGGGAAGGAAACAAAAAAGAAACGGUCAAAAGAGAAAUAAUUAUUAAAUACAAGUUAUUAACUAAUUUAACACUGUCGCAGUGCGAGUAGAUUAUGUAUCUGAUAUGCUAGCCUCUGUUAUAGUUAGUAAAACAUUAACCACACCACUCACACAAGCUUACAUUCCACACUGUACAUAAAGCAUAGACAUGACAUCCAACGUAGUCUAAUUCAUAAAACACGAAGAACAGAACGGGAAAAGUAUUGAUACAGAAUAUACAAAUACCAUAUGUAGAGCAAUAAAUUAUACAAAAAAAAUAAUACAGUUACGAUAAAGAUAUGAGUACUAUAUAUUAUGUACUUUACAUGUAUGUAUAUUGUAGUUACAUGGAUUGCUAUUAAAAAUUCUAUUUAGACGUGUACCAAAGAACUAUACAGAUCCAGUCGGGAUCUGGGAUGGACAAAGAACAAACGGAACUUAAAGAGAGAAUACCUAUAAAUCGUAAAAACUAAUAUGUAUAACUCCGAUAAUAAUAAACUCCGUUAACCGUUAAUCGUACCAUCGUACCAUAACAAUUUACAAUUUAUAGUUUACACUAAAUCCAUCACUACAACAAUAAUACGAUCUUUAACAACUCGCAACUAGUUAUUCUAGUUCGUACACAAGCUUUACUUUUGUCAGCUGUGAAUCUGCAUUAAACAUCCAUACUUACUCGAACUCGAACGUAUAGGAAAUAUAUAUGUAGGAGAUUCCAGUGCCAGUCUAGUCCAGGAGUCGCUCGUACUUACAUAUGUCUGUAUGUGGUCUAGAUGGAGUGCAGAAAGUGUUAAUGUUAUCGGUCAUAUAUGAGCUCUAUAGUAUAUAUGUAAAUGUUUAUGAUAUAUAUUUACAUAAAUAUGAUAAUAGUUACCAAAAAAGAUAUAAACAUUUUAUACGAUACGAUACAUACAUUUUAGUAAUUUUAUUUGUUUGGCUCACACUCACCCCACCCCCCUAUAAUUUGCUUUUUUUAAAUCUAGCUGAGACAAAACAAGUAUAGAACGAACACUGACUGUAGAAAGAAGAUCAUGGAAAGAGGUGCGGAGAAUGACGGAAUAAUCACUGCCAAUGUAAAGCAAGAAUAUUGAAAGAGAGAUAGUUGGAAGUCAGUGUAUUCCUAGGCUAUAUAAAUAGAUUUUCAGUUAAGUUCGGCUACGACGGCUACAGACCCAAACCACUAUGACAUUCAGCAAAAGACGAAGCAAAAACAAAACACAAUCAUAUCAUACAAACCUAUAUCAAACCCAAGAAAAAUAAGAUAAUAAAAUAUGGAGAAAGAACUGUUCAAGAAAAUGUGAAACGCUUUAAAAGAUCCUCCUCCUACCACACAGAAUGCGCAGAGAUCAGAUCAAAACAAAGCUAUAGAGUUAUAUGAAAUACUUCUCUAAUAGAUCUCACCGGAGAGCCCUAUGCGAAUUCCUCCCAAAACCAUUUACCAAGUAGAUAAUCGAUUAACGACCAAGUAAUUUAUGAUAGUAUUCGUUGCUUUCACCUUAGUUCCGCUUGAAUAGCAUCGAUAACAUUUUUGUAUAUAAGUAGCCCCGCCCGCAACCCCGUUCUCCACCCCAACCUCUCUCUCCCCCGACAAAGUUCCUAAGCUUGGAACAACGGGUCAAAGCGGAGUUGAAGAGUAAAAAAAAACCUACAUGAGUUUACAAGUCAAGUAAUAAUUUAGAAAAAUCGAGCAGUUCGAUAUUUCCCACCCCUCCUUUGAAAGCCAAGCGCCCAGGCUGGCUUGGCAAGUGUGUACAUAUGUGUGUAGUUAUGUAGGCAUAAGAGAAACUGUAUAAUAUAUGAAAAUUAACUAUAUGCAAUAAACUGCAGUCGGUGAAUGAUCGAUAAUUAAUCAUUCGGAAUUCGAUACACGAGCCAUUUGAGAACAAGCAAUUAACUAUCGACAAAUCAAACAUUGACAAACACACAUAACGUUGACAAUAUAACCACCCUAAACACACACACACACACAUAACACACUAAAACACACACAUACACCGACAUUAAAACACUGAAGAGACACCCCACAGAUAAACCUAAGAAUCGUUGGAUCAACGUUGAAUCAUUUUUUAUACAAUACAAUAACUCUAAAUCGAAGUCAACAUAUCCAAAAAAAGAUAGCGCUGAUCUCAUGUUAACUAAAGUUAGAAAACAUGUCUCAAUAUCGAUUUCCUAUCGAUACUAGUCGAUUUCCUCCCUCACUUUCACUCUUUCUUCUAUAUACACGUCUACCACCUUUACCUUCACCAUCACUUUCGAUUUCGAUUUCGAAUUCUAUUUCCCCUUCGAUAUAGAUUUCCAAUUGUAGACUACGAACAGCGAGAGGAAACGUUUGCCUUUAUCUACUUAAACUUACCACGUAUCGUAUUGUUAGCCUAGAUAGUUUCAAUUAUAACAGCAGCAGCAGCAGAAGAAAGAGGAGGAGAACUUACUAACGGUACUAUCUACAAUAUAGAACUUACCGUAAACACUUUAAUCAUAUUAUCCCCGCCGUCGUGUACCCUACUUACAAAUACAAAUACGAGACAAAGAAAGCUAAAGGAUAGAAAAGGAGAAGGAACCCAAAAAACCAAAUGUGGAAAGCUUCAAAAACUUUUUCUAUACAAAACUCUAGCAAAAAUAUAACUAAAGAAACCAAAUAAAAUCUCGAAUAAUGUAAUUUAGCAAAUUGUAAACUCAAUAAAGGCAACCAAACAAACACCCAAUAAAUACUAUUAGAUAACAAGGAGAUCGGAACGGAACGGACCCGAGAACAUAGGAUAGAUCGCAAGAAGAGCCACUAAAUGAAUUUAUAUAGGAGAAAAGUCGAGCUAGAAUUAGGGCAAACGAUCUCCAGUAAAGAGGAAAAAUCCCAGAUUAGCUCCCAUUGUGUACUUCUUUGUACAUAGACGUAUAUACAUAUAUAUUUAUGACUAGAGAAAAUGCAUAAGAUACAUAGAUGAAUAUAGGAAGAUACAUACAGAUAAAUACAUAUAGAUAUAUUAACAUAUGCAUAGCAGAUACGGAAAGCGAGCGCAAAUUAUAUAAAUACCGCCACAUCAUCCAUCAGAGCCGAACAUCGUAGUCAGAGCAGUCCGAUAUUGGCUAGAGAGGAAGCGGCGGAACAGGCAGAACAGAGGAACCCCCAUGGUCCGAAACCUAAAUUUCCGAGUGCCCGAAACCAAUCCCGAAACCAAGUCGAAAACGAAACUGAAACUGAAACAAGAAACCCAAAAACCCCCGGAGACAUCGGAGACAUGAGAAAGAACAAAAACAAUUUCGUGUAAACAUUUUUUUAAACAAGUUUGGUGAUCUACGAUAUUGGUAAUAAUUAUUGAUAACUAAAAUAAAAGAAAAUGCAUAUACAUGCAUAUAUUAUACAAAUAUAUGAGUAAAGAUGCUGUAGGAAGAAGGAAUAUGGUAACAAGAGAUGGCAUACAUAAAGUAAAUAUUUAUUAUAUAAUGUU